AAGCGAGCCGUGCAAGGUGACGAGUCAACAUGGCUGCCCCGAGAGCAGUUUCGAAGCAUUCCGAAAGCGACGGCGCCUAUCGCCCCUCACCGACGGCCCAAGUGUGACUUCGCCGUCGCCCACCCACCUCCAAACGCUCAGCCACGCAGCAGCCACGCAGCCGCAAGACGACGGAGCCACGAACCGCAGGUCCGUCGCGAUGACGUCACGAUGGAGCACGAUCCAACCCCUGCUAGUCCACGUGUACCAGCGUCAACAAGUGCCGCCGAGUCCGCGCAUUACGACGACGAGCGGCCCAACGCGAGCGUCAGCAGCAUCCCAGCGCGGCGGUCAGCAUUCUACCGCGCUAUGACCUCCUACGGGAGGGAGCUGUGCUGCUUCGCGGUGCUGACGCUCGGAGCCUGGGCCACCCUCCACCCGGGACCGCCGAAAACCAGACCGGCCGGUCCGCCGCGACCCUUCUUCAACGUGUCGUCGCUCGUCGCCGACCACUACGACGGCCGGCUCGACGGCGACGCUCUCAGGUGCAACGACAUAUCGGUGGUCCUUUACUACGCGCCGUGGGAUGCUCUGAGCUUGCGAGCCCGCGCGCCGUUCGCGGCCGCCGCUCGCGAGCUUCACCGGGAAGUCUACUUCGCGGCCGUCAACUGCUGGUGGCCGGAGGGCGAAUGUCGGAAAACGUACAACCCGUCCUUCUUUCCCGUGGUCGUGGCCCACGUCAGGGACCACGGGGAUGUGGUUUUCCCGCUGCGCGGCGGUGUGCCGACGGCAAAAGUGCUGGUGCGCUUCGUGAGGCGGAUCAUGAGGCCGCUGGUGCUCGCGACGUCUGGCGCGGAGUUGGACGCGCUGGUGGAACGUCACGCUGCCGUGCUGGUCGGGGCAGUGGACGGUGUCUCGGACGGUGCUUACAACGCCUUCUACGCGCUCGCCACUCAAGCCGUGGCCAGGGACCCCUGGGACGAGGUCGGAUUCGCCGUGGUGACCAACCGCGGGGCGGCCGAAAACGUUGGGAUUGAGCACCCGCUCACGCUGUGCACCUGGAACGAGACCUUGCCUUUCGAGGGAGAACGCAGCUUCAAGGCAGUGCUGGAUUGGGUCUUCGGCCACGUUCGGAGGGUGGUACACUGGGUCUGGCCAUCCGGUCUCAAGAGCAACACUCUGUCCGGUCUGGUGGAGAACCGCAGUGCCCUGGUCUUGUUUGCACAGCACCACAGUCGAGAAUACUUCGAGCUGCAGGAGUUGGCACGAGAGUACCACAGCUGCGGCGGCAUCGGAGUUUCCGAAAUUGGGUGUCGCGGCAACGACAGCCUGCGCUUCGUUGCGAUGGACCCCCAGGAACACCCCGAGUUUGCUCCCCCGGGCCUCCUGAGCUCUGGUUCAGACACCGGAGCCGUGGUGUUUGCCUCUAAGGAAGAAGCUCAGUACGUGUUGCGGGGUCCCAUCGACGCAGACGCGCUGAAGCACUUGGUGCGAGGAUUCAACGACCGGACGCUUACGAGGCACCUCACUUCGGCAGGGCCAGACGGGUGCCGGCGAGAAGACGUCAUCUGCGAGUUGAACGGCCCCUCCUUCCGCCGCCUCGUGGCGGACGCAACUCAGGAUGCCGUGGUACUCUUCUACGCCUCCUGGUGUGGCUUCUGCAAGGCAAUCUACCACCACUUUUUUGCUGCUGCGAAGUUUUUCCAGGGAUUCUCAGGACUUCUCUUUGCUAGGAUUGACGCAGCCAAAAAUGACCUUCCUUGGGAAUUUACCAUGGAGCAUUACCCAACUGUGAUGUUCUUUCCUGCCCACAGGAAAGGAGACAGCGUGCCUUACAAGGGACCUGUGACAACGGUGCACCUAGUACGUUUUGUCUUGCGCCACGUCCGUCACGACGUGGCCUGGCAGCUGUUGCGGGUCAUGUGCCACUCCAGGUCAUGCCUAGUGAGGAACUUGCACAAGGUGCGAAGAUGGAUGCUGCCAGGAUGCCACAGGGGAUUGUCCUGGAGACAGUCCUUGGAGGCUAGUCGGAGGGCAAGAACCCUGCACAGAAUUCUCUUGCAUAGGUUACGAAGCAUAGACUCUUAGCACUUCAGGUCCUUGAUGGAUCUUGGAAAUGGACUACUUGAUGAUACUGUGGUACCUUUUGGAGCUUUUUCUAGAGAUGACCACUGAUUUCUGGAACAGUUCCCUGGGCAUUUUCUUUUAAGUUCUGUCGGAUGCUUUUGGUGUCAGCAAUGAUGUACAAAAUGAUUCCUUAGGAGCUCAAGUCCCUUGUGAAUGGGCUGCUUGAUACUGUGGUACCUUUUGGAGCUUCCUCUGGAGACGGGCACUGGUUCCUGGAACAGCUCUUUUAUUUCUGGGCAUCAUCUUUUGGGUUCUGUCGAAGGCUUCUGGUGUCAAGGAUGAUAUAUGAAGUGUGAUUUCUUGGGAGCUCAGGUCCUUGAUGGAUCUUCUUAGGAAUGGACUCUACUUGACCAUACUGCGGUACCUUAUGGGGCUCUCUAGAGAUGCCUCCGCCAUGAACGAUGGGGAUUUCUGGUUAAAAAUGGCAACUUAUCGUAGAGUUCUUGUGGCUCGCAUAUAGGUUUUGAAUGGAUGUGAGCAAGAAAAAAAGAAAUUUCGGAGAUUUCAACUUUCAGCUCCGAUUUAUUUUUAUUUAAUGUAGGGUCGAACAUAGAUUGCGAACAAUAUAAUGGAAGAAAGUUAUUUUAAUGUUUGAUACAGGUGACUUCCCACUUUAACCCUUUCUGUUUUUGCACUGUUGAUGCAAAGGUUUCUAUCCAGAAAGGCUCUUAGGUUACCGAGUGAAGGGUGUCCAAUGCUGUCUAUAGUACUGCUUUUCCGAGCAAUUGUGUGAAUGUGGUGAUGCCAGCAUACACUCUUGGACGCUGUUUGGUAGGAUCACUAAGCAUCAUUUGAAGAUUCUAUCAAUGCUAAAUAACAACGAAUAUUUGGAGUGGCUGGUUGGCAGAGGGCUGUGCUAGCACAAUCUUAUUCAUUUCAUGUAUGAUAGGUCGACAUCAUACACCUGCAAUCAUGUCAGCUCUCUAUGCACAGACACCAACUUUUGACUCAUUUUAUGGUGGUUAAAAUAUUCAAGUAAUGCUGUAUUAUAAUAGUAACAUUAAUAAUAAUAAUUAUAAGUACUCAGGAAUCUGAGGUAAUAGUCUCCAGGAGAUAUGAAUGGAUAGUUGAUAUGAUUUUGUAAAUAGCAUUUUGGAUUUAAUCAUGAGGGGCUCUUAAAAAUGAAAGCAUAUGGAUCCUCACAGACGGUACUAUAAGUGGAUAAGGGUCGAGUCUUCAGGUAGUUUCAUUGAUUUAGCUGGGAAUCUAUAUCAUUUAAGCUUUCAAUGUUCUUUUCUCCAUCAAAGAUAUCUCUCUUCUGGAACUUUGUGGAUUGCUCUGAGGAUGAAGAGUAAGGUGUGCUUGUUUGAAUGUUUGUACAGGUGUAAGCUUGGGUUGGUGAGUGGAUGUCUUAUUGUACAUUUGAAUUCAAUGCAGUGUGCUGGAUAGGUUAAUGAGGCUUUGCACAUAUGCUUGUUACACUCAGUUAGUGCCCUGAUUAUGGAAGGCAAUCUAAGGGAAGAAUAGCACUAUUUUUAGUAAUAAUUUCAUUUGGACUGAACUUUACGAUUCCCCUCUGCCUCUGCAUUGCAACUUUUCAGGAAAAAUUUAUUUUGACAUUAUAAUAAAAAAACAACUAAACAACCUUUUUUUUUUCAUUUUGCUGUGACCAAGGCAUUACAGUGAGGGAAAUAUGAAUUGUGGGGUUUUAUUAGUGGGGAGUGCAUGGAUGUCAAAGUUUAUUUUCUUAUAAUUGAAGCGAUAUAUUCACGUUGGAGAUGGUUAUACCAAAAAUUAUUGUAAUUUUGAAUGUGAACUGAAGUGGUUAAGAGAAUCACUUUAUGAUGGUGGUUUAUAUACCUGUGCUGAUUCUGCUGGUGCCAAUCACUGAAUAAAUGUUUGCAUCUA